AUGUCCCACAGAUGUUCUGGAAACUUCUCCUCCCCGUCCCUGAGGGGAUGUGUGCGCUACGGGGGCAUCUGCAGCAAUUCUGUCUCUCGUGGCCGCCCAGUGCUCUCCAUCCAGACAAACAGAUGCCGCACAUCCCACUUGAUGCCCAGCCCGGGCCCUAGGCCUGGCCACCACCUGAAGGCCUCUGCCCUCUGCCGUCCCACUGCCCCUCUGGGCUCUGGGUGCAGGAGCUGCCAUUUCCCGGGCUAUGCACCCACAAGCUCCUGCUCCCUGGGCUGCGGGUGGAGAAGCGGCUGCUCCUCCAGCUAUGGAUCCAUGGGCUGCAGACCCCUGCGUUAUGGAGUCGGUGGCUUUCCUUUCUUUGCCUGUAAAUCUGGAUUCGACCACCCCACACCCGUGGCUACUAGGAGCUUCCAGGCUUCUUGUUACAGACAACUCUGUGGAUCUGGUUCUCGGAGAUCGGCUUGCUGA